AUGAAAUUUAUAACUAUUUUCUCGGUUCUAUUUGUCAGUGUUAUGGCAAAAAGUUGCAUACAUGAAUGGCGCAUUUAUCAUGGAACAACUGAACCAUUAUUAUAUGGCGUUUUUGUUGGGAACUUCCAAAGUAACAAUCCAGCUUUUAUUGGUCGUGGAAUUCAUGAAAAUUUACGUGUUACUGGCCGCAUUCAGACGGUAAAUCCACCUGGAUUGUAUCAUGUCUCAUUUGGUAAAAUUCAUCACAUUCCAAAAGGAGUAGAAUAUUUGGUCAAAAAUCCAAAUUAUGAUUACAAAUGGAUUUCAUCAAGUAAUGGAGAAUAUGUAGAAAACGCAAUAUCACCUGGAUAUACUCCAGGUCUUGAAUUGCAUUUUGUUGGACGCAUGAAAAUUGAUGGAAGAACUUAUUAUGGCAAAGUAUUACCAAAUGUUGGAAUGUACUACGAGGAUGGAAAUCAAAAGGAAGUCCUUGCAUCACAAUAUCAAAUAAUUGUUUGUAACAAUCCAACCAUGGAUAAUUUUGGAAGAGCUCUGCCAAUUGUGCUAAAGUCACAGCAAUUGUAG